AUAAGUGAUCUAAAGGAGACACGAUAGGACAAAAAGUGAUGAUGAUGAAUACAUUGGAAAGUUUUUUGGCCCUGACGAGGGUGUCAGAUUGAAUGGCCUGUGCGCAUGUGCGAAGGUGUCCAAACUGACAAUGCUCGUGAGAUGAAGAUAGCGCUGCUGCUGCUUCUGAGCUCAAGGAGGACGCGAGGAAUCUACAAGCCGACAAGAUGAGAUCCAAGGCGAGGGCGAGAAAACUGGCCAAAAAUGACAGUGAGGCAGUAGACAGCAUGUACGACACAGAGCCCAAUCUCGUGACCGGUGAGAGUGCAGAGGAGGAGACAGAAGACAGCAUCAUGUCCCCCAUUGCAGUGGGACCCACGUCCCCUCAGCCCUGCAACGAGGACUUCACUCCUAAAGAGGGCUCACCCUACGAGGUGCCCGUCUACAUUCCCGACGAUAUUCCCAUCCCUGGCGACCUGGAGCUCCGCGAGUCGUCCGUUCCAGGGGCUGGCCUAGGAAUCUGGGCCAAAGUCAAAAUUCACAUGGGAGAACGCUUUGGACCAUACAACGGACUGCAGAGCGCCACGAUGAAAGAGACCACUUAUGGAUGGGAGCAAAUGCUGAAUGAUCAUGAAACGUCAUCUCAAGACAGCUGUAUUAAAAAGGUAAUGGACAACAUGGGUAAUGUGAAGUUCUGUCUGGAUGGAGCUCUGGAGGCCAGCGGGAGCUGGCUUAAAUAUGUGCGAACUGCCCCGUCCCAUGAAGAGCACAACCUGGCCAUAUGCCACAUCAGCGAAGAUCAGAUCUAUUAUAAAGCUAUUAGAGAUAUUGAAAUAGGGGAGGAGUUACUGGUUUACAUGAAGGACGGAGUUUUCCCCGAGGGCUCAAUGGCACCGAACCUGGAAGAUGAGCAGAUGUACCGCUGUGAACACUGUGAUGAGCUCUUCACAUCAAAGCUGGAGUUACGGCGGCAUCAGAAAUACUCCUGCAGUAGCAGCAACUCUAUCUUUGACUCACUAAGCGAAGACUUCAAACAGGAGCGCGAAGACAGCGAUGAGCCGGUGCACGAGUGCAAAGACUGUGAAAAGAUCUUCCCUAGCGAAUACAGUCUCGGGCAGCAUAUGAUCGUACACACAGAGGAAAGAGAGUACAAGUGCGACCAGUGCCCCAAAGCCUUCAACUGGAAAUCCAACCUCAUUCGUCAUCAGAUGUCACAUGACAGUGGCAAGCGUUUCGAGUGUGAAAACUGUGAUAAGGUGUUCACAGACCCCAGCAACCUCCAGCGCCACAUCCGCUCUCAGCACGUCGGUGCCCGAGCCCACACCUGCCCUGAGUGUGGCAAGACCUUUGCCACCUCGUCGGGCCUCAAGCAGCACAAGCACAUACACAGCAGUGUCAAGCCUUUCAUCUGUAAGUCUGAGCAGUCUUGUCUAAGCCUCAGAUACAAUUACCAGUGUCCAAAGACCUCCCGGCUAGCUCCACCCCAAGAUUGUGACAGCUGUUGUUUUAUAGGUGAGGUGUGUCACAAAUCGUAUACCCAGUUCUCUAACCUGUGCCGUCACAAACGGAUGCAUGCAGACUGCCGCACCCAGAUCAAGUGUAAAGACUGUGGGCAAAUGUUCAGCACUACCUCCUCCCUCAACAAGCACCGGCGCUUUUGCGAGGGCAAGAACCAUUAUAAUCCCGGAGGCAUAUUCACACCGGGCAUACCAAUGACAUCCAGUCCCAUUUUAGGCAAGUCCAAGUCUCACCCUGGCUUGAACCAUAGUGGACUUGGCUUCGGCGAUUACUUCCCAUCCAGGCCGCAUCAUGCAGGUUUGCCCUUUUCCCCAGCACCCCCUGCAUUCCCAGCCCUUUCCCAUGGCUUCCCAGGGAUCUUUCCCCCAUCGCUAUAUCCUAGACCGCCAUUGUUACCUCCUAGUCCGCUGCUCAAGAGCCCAAUUAGUAACAGUCAAGAUGGGAAGCUGCCUCCUCUUGAUGCUCCCACUCUUUCUGCGGUCUCAUCCAUGAACAGCAAUGGCAAUGUAGGGAGCAGUCUCAGCAGCCAGUCAGAGGAGAAUCGAGAGUCCAAACUGGACUUGUCGUUCCACGACAGCAAGAAUAAGGUGAAGAUGAACGACAUGUCUGACGGUAGUGACUUGGAAGACGUUAACACGUCUAGCGGCACCGAUUUGGACACCACCACUGGCACGGUGUCUGGCUCAGACCUAGAAAGUGAGGCAGAGAGCGAACGGGAGAAGAGCAGGAGAAAACCAGUCCAGGAGAGCAAGCAGGACGAAGUGAGCAGCAGUUCAGUAUCUGUCUCCAGUUCAGGGAACCUCCCUUGCGAGCGUCCGUUCUUCUCCUCCCAGCAUUCCUUUUUCCCACCGCCAGAAGAGCAAGCACUUCCACCCUCCGGGGCCACCACUGACUCCAUUAAAGCCAUUGCCUCCAUUGCAGAAAAGUAUUUUGGCCCAGGCUUCAUGGGCUUGCAGGAGAAGAAGAUGGGCUCCUUAAACUACCAUUCCAUGUUCCCUUUCCAAUUUCUUCCCAACUUCCCACAUUCCUUGUACCCAUUCACAGACAGAGCACUCAAUCCUGGCAUGUUCUUCAAACCUGAGCCUAAAUCCCCUCGUGAGCACAUACAGAAAUUACCUACAGCCACUGGUGCGGAUUCACCCUUUGACCUAACCACCAAACCCAAGGAGGUCAAACCUCUUCCGCCACCUCCCAGCAAGCCAGCCUUGCCACCCAAUACCCCCUUGGCCCCUGGCGAGGAACAACCUCUGGACCUCAGCAUAGGCAGUCGAAGCCGAGCCAGCCAGAACGGUGGCACACACGAACAGCGCAAAAAUCACGUCUAUGGCGCAAACUGCAAAGCAGCUAAAGAUGAACACCCAGCACUAACUCAGAACUUGCACCAGCCCCAGAUGCCUCAGCCGCAAGUAUCCCUUCCCCAGCCACCUCCUCCCCAGCAGCAGCCGUCACUCCACUACGCCAAGCCCUCGCCAUUCUUCAUGGACCCCAUCUACAGCAGGGUGGAGAAGAGGAAGCUAUUAGAUCCAGUAGGAGCUCUAAAGGAGAAGUACCUGAGGCCGGCACCACUACUCUUCCAUCCUCAGGUGUCUGCGAUGGAAAACAUGACUGAGAAGUUGGAAAGCUUCAGCGCUCUGAAACUGGAUGCUCCCAAUUCCCUCCAGCACUCCUCACACCACCUUUUUAACUUCCGCUCCCCGCCUCCCUCUCUCUCCGAUGCUAUCUUACGCAAAGGCAAGGAGCGAUACACCUGCAGGUACUGUGGGAAAAUCUUUCCCAGGUCAGCUAAUCUUACAAGGCACUUACGAACACACACAGGAGAACAACCCUACAGGUGUAAAUACUGUGACCGUUCAUUCAGCAUCUCCUCCAACCUCCAACGGCAUGUUCGUAACAUUCACAACAAGGAAAAACCUUUCAAGUGCCACCUCUGCAAUCGCUGCUUCGGUCAACAGACCAAUCUGGACCGCCAUUUAAAGAAACAUGAACACGAGAAUAUUCCAGUGAGUCAGCAGUCUGGGAUCCUCUCGAAUUUAGGAACAAAUAUUUCCUCACCGAACUCUGAGUCUGACAAUCAUGCACUUUUGGAUGAGAAGGAGGACUCGUAUUUCUCAGAGAUUAGGAACUUCAUCUCCAAUAGUGAGCUGAACCAGGCCUGUAGCUCCUCGGAGAAAAGGCCAGAGCUGACGGAGGAGGAUCAGCCUCAGAGUCACACUCACGCUGCCUCAAAACUGGAGGAGGAAGAUGAGGAGAUAGAGGGAGAUGAUGAAGACGAGGAAGGCUCGUUGACAGAAAAGUCACAGGACGAGACGGCCUCUCCCGCCACUAUGGUGCAGGGCACUUAUGACGAGGACGAGGAGCCGACCCCUCUCCCUAUGUCUUACGAACACACGCGCAGGUGUAUUGAGGAGGAUGCAGGCCUAUUAGAUCUGGAACCUCUGGCUGGUUUCCCCAAAGGCCUGGAAUUCCAUAAGGCUGGCGAGGAGCCCUAUGACAUAAAAGACAUUUUUAGCACCUCGGUAGAGUCGGAGGCGCUGAAAGAAACACUUUUCAGGCAGGCUAAAACACAGGCUUAUGCAAUGAUGCUCUCUCUGUCUGAGAACACCAAUCUGCAUUCAUCCUCCCAGAACUCCUUGGAUGCCUGGCUCAACAUGGGAGGAGGGCCGUCGGAGGCGAGCUCCUUUCACCCCCUCAACAACAUCUGAGAACAUGUAUAAGACAAAAGAGAGAUGGAGGGAGAAAGGAGGAGAGGGCAAAAGACCAACAUGAAGACCAGCAAUGCCACAGUAGAUGAACCACCACUAUGCGCGCCACGCGGAGUAGAACGUACUGUUGAGCGAAACAGACACAGACGGGAGAGUUUUAAUACACAGCAUUAAAAACACGACUGAAAUCAGCGAAUCCCAGCCAUACAGCAUCUUUCCUGUCUGCAACUAGCCACUAUAGUGAUGCUCUCUCCUCAUCAGCUGAUUCAAGAGGGAGCGAUGCAUUCGAAUGACUCUGAAAUCACCUCAUUUGCAAUGAUAUGCAUUUCACAGAGACUGCUCUCAAGGGUUUGUAACAUGUUCUCGGAGAAGCCCAAGAAGGCUUGAGUGGACAGGGUAGUUGAUGUUUCUUCAACUGGAGAUUUGAACCGUUUCGACACAGCAUUCCAUUCUCACGUUGAUUUUCUACAGCACUGUACCAAGGUUUCCUUUAUAUUAACUCACAGCCGAAGUCUUACAGUAGAUCGUUAGAGCAGACAUCAGCAUUGAUUUCCAAUGGUAAUACAAGCACUUAAGUCUAGCCCACAACUAGCAUGCUAACUUUCCCCCAAGAAUGCAGUUUGUAAGCCACUGUCUCAAAAGUAAAUGCUGGAAGUCACUGGGAAACCUUUGAGAUUUGCGUUCGGCUGCGCGACGUUGUCUCGUCCCCAGCCGGAUCUUCACACGAUAAAUCACGCAGCACGGUUGUUCAUGUGUAUAGCAUCACGCUCAUUGUAAUUAUUGUUGUUAUGGUAAGUAUUUUAGCUGUAUACAACCUUUAGUCCCAACUGAAAGUUUGUUUUUAAGAGUUAAAUUAUUUCUCCAAAUCUUUUCUCCUUUUCUUGCGUUCAGCUUUUUUUCUAUGUGAUUUGUUCUUCGGUAAACAGUAUUGUUUCUUUUUAAGCACAUCUGUGCUUUAAUGUUAAUAUAAUUCUUUAGUGAAGGACCAAAUUUGUACAAUAUUGUUGUAUGAUGUACAAACUAAGUUAACCGUUGGUAGCAGAGAGUGUCGUGUGCCAAAUAACCCCAUUUUCUUUGACAAUCAUUUCUUUCCCAAGUGGUCGCCUCCACUGUUAGUAGUUUUUGUUUUGUUUUGUUUUGUUUUGUUUUUCCUCUGUUGUUGCUACUUACAUGAGUGUUUGUCUUUUAUUUAUUUUUGAUUUAGAUUUUUUUUUUCUGAUUAAUGAAAAAAUGAAGAAAAAUGAUUUACCCACUCAUUUGAAGGAAUGAAAUGACUAAAAUAUCAUGAAAAUUCAGAAUUGUUCAAGUUCUUCGUAGAGAAGCAAGUUGCCAAAAUCUGAAUUACAAAAGAACGUGUUUAAUAUUAUGAGCACAUAAUCAUGAAGUCUGGUUUAUGAUGCAUUUGUUCAACCAUUUAGAAAAGUAGGCACUGCGUGAUUUAAGAAAAAUUAAAAAAGUAAAAAAAAAAUCUCUUUAAAAUAUCAGGUAACUCAAUAGAGGGGCAUUAUAUGUUGACUUUUUUACACUCAUAAUCAAACAUCUUCAUAAGGAAAAUGGGUCGACAGUAUAUCUCUGGGUUCAGAUCGCAUGUUUUCAUGUCCCAUUUAUUUUGGGAAGAGCCAUAUACAUCGUAUCAAAUUCUACAUUAUUGAAAUACUUAAUAUUAUGCGUCCCAGAAAAGACACCAUAAGUGAGAGGGCUACAAGGGAUUGUGAUCAAAUGGUGAGCAGCGACAUAUAACGUUCACAAGAGCAUUGAGGUUUUUGAGAGAUGCCCAAAUCCAAAUACAUAUGAGUCCUUAUCCAACUCCUGAACUGUGAAGCCAGCGAAUGAAUCGUAAACAGCUGAAUGCAUAUCAUGAAUGUGUAGAAUAGAUUUAAUAUGUAGGUUAUGAGUCAAACUUGCUCAGAAAGUUACCUUCUCUUGAUUGUCUUUUUGGUCAGGAAUUCACUCUCUGGAAUCUGCACUUAAAUCGAACGCACCCGUGUCUGCCUAGUUCAUACUUUUCUUUACAUCUGAGCUCUUAUCUUAGUACUGAUUUUAAUGAUUUUUUUUUUUAAAAGGCUGGUUUUAACAAGCACUUUAACUCUUGGGUCAAACAGGCAUUUUUAUCGUAUGCUUUUAAAUAAAACGGCGAGAAUAUUCAAGAGUGGUCAGAAGAGUUGGUUUUGAACUCAAACAAUUCUGUUUUCACUGCAAACACAAAUCAGACAAGAAGGACUUGACUGGUCUUUCACAGGGAAUCAAUCUGCUUGAAAACGCUGUGUAAAAACUUGCAGCAGUGUCGUAUUUCAACACGCUACCAGGUGGCACUCUGUGUAAUCUUACCUGUUUCAUACUGUAUCUCCUCACUAUAUCAUUUACUCAAACCCUUGAGUAAAAAGCCUGUUUGAUGCAUAGGAUUGCUGGAUGGAAUUAAGAGUAUGGAGAAGUCAUGUCACAUACUACUGUACUUAGCAAGCGCUGUAGGUGAAGAAACUGACCCACACUGUUAAAAUCGUCUUGGAAAAAAUGGUCAAAAAAAUGAACAAUGCAGAUGUCCUUGGCCCACUGUUACAUUGGAAACAAACGUAUCAUUUCAAAAGCCACAGAUAACGUGGUUUCUCUAAAAAAAGUGUAUAGUAUUUCAAAAAAAAAAAAAAAAUGGCAUUGAUAUGUCCUAAAAUUCAUUUUAAACAUGGGUUUGAAAAUAGAUGGUGCUUGUUUCAUUUGGAUAUGAGUUGUAUAUUGCUUCUGUUAUGUUUAUUAAAAAUAUUGUGCAUGACUUGUGUUUUAGAGGUCAUAAUGGUGUCCAUUUGUGAAAUGUGUAUCUUAAAUUAAAAGGAAAAAAAAAAUAAUAAAAAAAAAUAAUAAUGAAUUUGUAGAUGCACUUAUUGUACAUGUGGUUAGGUUAGUAGGUUUGACUUUAAGUCCUGUUUACUGCCUUAAAUACUAUGGGCAGAUGGUUAUUGAACUGAACAAUAUGCUUGUGGGAGAGAAAUAAUGACAAAAUUUAAGGAUUGUAGAAUAAUACUGAAAAUUCUGAAGUUCUUUUUGAUGCUUGUGAUUACUGAAGAUGUACUUUAGAGCAAUUUCAUGGAAAAGACAUGAUUCUGAUGUUAAUUCUGUAGAAUAGAUAUGUAUACCAAAUGUAAUCUUUCCAAUGCUAUGAAGAAUUUAUACAUGAAAUUGAUAUGCAAUAAAAA